UCUGUCGGGGAAUCCUCCGUUCUACGACGAGACAGAAGAAGAGAACACAGACCUUCACAACCGGAUCAUCUUCUGUCGUAUCGUAGCCGGGGAGUUUGAGUUUGACGCUCCUUACUGGGACGACAUCUCUGUUCCAGCUAAGGAGUUAGUGUGUAGGCUGAUGGAGGUGGACCAGAUGCUGAGAAUCACAGCUGCAGAUGCUCUGUUACACAAGUGGAUUGCUGGUAACGGGGCCUCGGAGAAGAACCUGAAGGAUGGAGUGUGUGCCCAGUUUGAGAAGAACUUUGCUAAGUCCAAGUGGAGGGUAAGAAUCCUCCUCUUAUGUUUAAUCUCUAUUGGUGCUUUCAAGACAACUGGGAUCUCUAAGAAACAAGGUCGAAUCAUGACGUCAGUGAUCUUCAGGUUGAAAG